GUUCGCGCAUAUAAAGUUACUUGAUAUCACACAAUAAGCACAAUAUCUCUGCUCUUUUGUUAAAUUAAAAUGUCUGUCCCACCUGGAUCCAUUAUCGUGUCAGACUGGCACCGCUGUGCGGAUAGCAGAGAGUUUUUCAGCAAAAUACUGCACAAGAAGAGACGGCGAAAGUUUGGGCUCUUGGAGGCGCCAAUGAUGCCUCCCCAGAUGAAUGUGGACCUCGUUCGCUACAAGGUGUUUCUCUCAGGUAAAACUGGAGUAGGAAAGAGCGCGCUUGCUGCCCGUCUCGCUGGAUUCGAUCUGCCCAAAAUUCACUACGAGACCACAGGCAUAGAGACUACUGUGGUCUUCUGGCCUGUCAGACUAAAAGAAAGUGGCCGUGUGCUGUUUUUCCGCUUCGAGCUUUGGGACUGUGGGGAAAGUGCCAUGCGAAGAUUUGACCACAUGUUGCUGUCCUGUAAGGAAAAGGUGGAUGCCAUCCUUUUCCUGUUCUCCUUCACUGACCGUGGUUCCUUUGAUGACCUUACCAACCAAAUAUCACGGAUCACAGAACCUUUAGAUCAUGUGGUUAAAUUGGUGGUUGGCACAAAGUUUGAUUUAUUUAUGCACACAGAUGUGACGGAGAGCGACGUGACACAUUUUCAGGAGGUGUGGGGUCUUCCGGUUUUCCGAGUGGGAGGUGAUGUGAGUGCCGGGCUUGGUGAAGUAGCACCUCUGCUAAAUGCCCUUGCGGAAAACUUGUGGCACCAGGACUGUAUGGCCGCUUCAUCUGUCUCCAUCUCUCCACAGGCUGCUCUCAGAGAAACAAGCUCAGAAAUCAUUGUAUAGACCAUUUUGAGGGAUGUAAACCAAAACAAUGGUCCUGACCUGUUUUGUGUUUUACAUUUAAAUUUUCCAUAGCUUCUGAGAGUCCAAAAAGUUUCACAUAUUGAUAAAUAUUGUUACAAUAGCAGUUAUAACAUCAAGUUAUGAUUGUAUCGCCUCUUUUAAAGAUAUAAAAUAGUUUGACAACAAGCAGGAAAUGUUCAUGAACUAAUGACGUCACCACACUGAAAAGACAUAACUAGGGCCAGACAGAAUCGGCGCGAAUUUUUUGCUAUUUCUGCUGAGAAUUUUGUAAAAAAAAAAAAAACAAGCUUUGAGAAAAAGCCAGGCUUAUUUUGGCAAGUCAUUUUUAUUAAUGGUGGAUUCGGUUUCAUAAAUCAAAUUUACGAUAGUUCAAACUCACUUACUCUGACAACUUAGGCUGGUGAACAGAAACAUAAAACAAUAGUAAAAUGUAUUGAAAUGUUGUAGAUUGUAUUUGAUUCGUGUGCAAUAACGUGUUUGAAUUUAAAUGUAUUAUCGUUCUAUUCUAAAAGAUGUUUGGUGUAUGUAUAUUUACUAUUAAGUGACUAUAAAGUUUUAAUCAUUAUUAAGAGGUUAAGUGAAUUAAAAUGGCAUCAAAUUACGACAAGCAAAUGUUAACAUUACUUUGAUUAAGCUUGAACUUAAGACUUAGCCUGAGAGUUAACCUGCUCUGGACCAGGCUAGUUUGCCAGCAUAAAUUGCCAGAGUAAGUGAGUUUGAACUAUCGUAAAUUUGAAUUAUGAAACAGAAUCCACCAUUAAUAAACCUGACUUACCAAAAUAAGCCUGGCUUUUGCUCCAAGCUUGGUUUAUGGAACAGCCCCCAGAUCCACUUAUUUGGUAAACAAAGCAAGUCUCUUAUAUAAUAUAUCUACGAAAAGACAAAAAAUAUUACUUUACAAACUGUAUUGUAAAUAAAUCAUAUGAACAUUUUAUUAUUCCUAUUGUUAUAUUACAAUAAUAUUAGUGAAAUUAAUUUAAAACUGAAUAAAUAUAAAUUUACACACCUUUACACAAAGAAAUAAAUAGAUUCAAUGAUGGGCUACAAAUCUGGAAAUCUGCCGAUAUCUGUGCGUGCAUAUUUCGUGUGGGCCUAUCUAUAACUCCUAAUCCAAUAUAAGACAAUAUGUGUGUGCAAUAUGCUGCUAUGGAAAUAAAUGUUUUGUUUUUCAAUUUUUACAUGUUUUUUAGACAUUUCAGUACAGUGUUAAGUGCAAAUAUUUUAGAAAGUUACUAAUAAUAAAAAUUUGUUUUGAAUAAAUGAAUUCGCUUGUGAUUUCAGUAUAGUCACAGAGGAAUUUUUAUGUAUAUAUAUUUAGAAAUAAAA